GAUUUUAAUUGCGUGAUGGCCUGGAUAUGGAAUGGUUGUUCUGGACAAAUCUGGGCGUCGCUGUCUUCUUUCUCCCUUUGCUGCUGCUUCUCGUCGUGCGGUUUGUGAAGCCACGUCCUGUCUCUCAUAAUGGUGCUAUCAAACUUCUGGUGGUAGCCGGUUCUGGAGGACACACCACAGAAAUCUUAAGGCUGCUUAACAGCCUCUCCCAGAAAUACUCUCCCAGGCAUUAUGUUUUGGCUGAUUCAGAUAAGAUGAGUGAAGAAAAAAUCCGCUGUUUUGAACAAAAAAGAGCUGGAAAAUACUCUGAUUCCUUGGUGCUGUGCAAUGGCCCAGGAACAUGUGUCCCCAUAUGUGUGUCUGCCUUUUUACUCAAGAUACUGGGACUAAAGAAAAUAACCACUGUGUAUGUCGAGAGCAUCUGCCGUGUUGAAAACCUAUCCCUAUCAGGAAAGAUUCUUUACCAUUUUUCAGAUUACUUCAUUGUCCAGUGGCCUGCUCUAAAAGAAAAAUAUCCCAAGUCUCUCUAUCUUGGGAGAAUAGUGUGACUUGCUAAGAACAAACACAACUAGUGCCAGUAUGACCUCAAACAUUUUUAGGACUCUGAAUUUCUUUCCAGUAUUUCCUGAUUCAUUAGUUCAUGGAAAUCAAGCUAGACCUGAUAAUGGUAAAUGAAACAGACUGUAUGCAUGUGCCAUCCAAGGUCAUAUAGUUGGCACCCUGGGAAUAUCACUACUCUGUUGCUCAUUCCUACUUGAAACCUGUCCUAAAUCUGUGAUCUAAUUUUUUUUUUACUUUUCCCCUUGGUUCUACUCCCCCCCCCCAAAAAAUAAAUAAGGUGAAUUGAUUAAUAUGACACCAGUGGAAUAGUACUGAUGUGUAUGAAAUGGCAUUAAAAUAUGAAAAUGCUUGGCAUUUCAUGUGAACUGAACUAGCAUCUCAGAAUUGGGAAAUUACUUCCCCAUUUCUUAUGCUUAGCUAAACUUUUUUUCCACAUACAACUGCAAGGGUUUGACAACAAUCAUUAAAACGGUGAUAUACUGUCCCAUUGAGCUUUAUGUGGAAAAAGUCAAUUGAGAAAAUGCUAGUUGGAGCAAGUACAGCAGUGUUUCUCAACCUUGGCAACUUGAAGAUGUGUGGACUUCAACUCCCAGAAUUCCCUAGUCAGCCAUGCAUUCUGGGAGUUGCAGUCCACACAUCUUCAAGUUGCCAAGGUUGAGAAACACUGAAGUAGAGGUUCUCCCUGCCAAUUGUCCCUCAUACCUUCCAGAAUAGGUUGGUGUUUUAGAUUCAGAUUGUACAACCUCAUUUCAGAUACCAAUGAUAUGUUGGUUUGUGGGUGUGUGUGUAUAUAUAUACACACACACACACAUACACACAUAUAUACAUGCAUACAUACAUAUAUAUUCUUCUUCUAGUAUAACAAUUCUUGUUUCUUGUGCACAAGCAAUAAAAUAUCUGCUGAAUAUUUUAAGCAUAAAGGGAACAGUCAAAUUAACUUGGCUGCGUGACAGUUUUCAUUCUGCAGAUUUUCCGGAAGCCCAAACUAUCCGGUAUCCUUUUCAAUUUUCCUUUUGGCCUGUCAGAGUAGCCCUGUGAUUUAAAGUGCACUUUUUAAAGCCUUGUCUUUAACUGUUAAGAAAUAAAAAGGUAGUGGAUGUCACAAACAGAUGCAUCAUUUGUUCUCAAGAGAGGCAGAUUUUCCAAGCUAAGCAUUAAAUCUUUUUAACAGCGUUAAAUUUCAGAGAACAUACUUCCAUUAGAUAAGCAGCGAGAUUCUUUUAGUGUGCUUGGCAGCCCCAUGUGUAAAUAUUUAAAUGACGGUUAACAAUUCCAGAAGGGGAGUGGGGAUGAGAAAGAAAUGAAAGAAAAAUACCACUUGCUCAGCAAACAUGUGUUUUGUAUAUUUAGGUUUUGUGUAUUUAAUACUUCCAGACACAUUGGGUUAGUACUUGAAAUCCUUUCCCUUAAAUCAGAAAUGGCAUUUAAUAUCAAACACUAUUAAAAAUAAUAGAUUUCAGAGAAGACUGAAUUUUCUGAAAUUUAUUGUAGCUCUUUUGAGAUUGUCAAGCAAAUCCUAAUCCAAGAUUAUUCUGUGUAUAAAGCACUGUAAACAUUUCAGUCAUCGGCAUACAGCAUUACAUAAGUGAACAGAUUUGGACUGCAGAAACAAAAACAUUGGAGAAAAUAAUAGAAAGUAAAAACAAAUGUGUUAUGUGAUCCAUCCACGAAGCCAAACAUUAGCCUAAAAUCUAUUCUUUUGACAGAGCUAGGAAGACAGUUUCAAAGAGGUUAUAGUAUCUGCAGUUUACCCACGUGACAAAAUCAAGAUGUAUACUAAAAAAAAAAUCUGCUUUUCUAGCAUGCCAACUUGAUGCUGUUGAAUGUUAGUGCAAAUUUGGCAAGGGAAAGAACAUUUUCUGAAGGCAUUCCUUAAUUUGGUUGCAAAGUAAAUAUAAUAUCCCAUGAGAUCUGGUUCAGUUUUUUUUUAACAACUUGAUUUUCAUUUUAACAGAGAAACUGGAAAUUGGCAUAAUUAUGAUGGCACCAUAAUAACCAGAUUUGGCUUGGCAAAGCCUUCUGAUGACACUGGCUUUUUAAAAGAAAAAAUAACAGUAAUACACCUCUGAAUCUUUUAGAGAAGGAACAAGGCAGUUUUGCUGAACAGCUCAAAAUUCAGCUAGGGGCCAAUGGUGUAAUUGAAUCUCUCUUUCAAAGUGUCUCUUGUAGAGUAUUAAGACUAAAGCAAGCAACUCAGUGUUCUCCAGAUGUUGUGGACUUCAACUCCCAUCAGUUCUCCACUAGCAUGGUCAGUGGACUGUUUGAUUUGUAGUUCAGUCUGGACUGCACUGUGUUGCAUAUCCCUAGGAUAAACAGAUAAAUUAUAUCCAGUAAUGCAUAAGAUAAUGCCAUCGGAUUAGACAAACGAUUUUUUUUAAACCUCAGCAUCACAGUUUAGAAUUAGCAUCCUACUUUACAGGUUGUUGUAAAGACUGCUUCAAUCAUAAAUAUGAAGUAUUUUGAGCACUUGGAAAUACAUCAUUCAACUACUAAAUAUUAUAUACUCAUAUUCUUUGAUUCCCAUCCCUUCUUCCAGUGAUUCUCAUUUCUUCUUCAAGUAAUUUCAUCAGCUGAGUCCAUAAUCAACAAAGAUAUCAAUCCUAAGAAUAUCUAUUUGAAGUCAUAUCCACUUCAGCUAAUAAGUUUUAGUUUAAAAAGAAGAAUGUGCAACUGCAUGCUUUUGGUUAGGCAGCUGUUACCAUGGGCUGGUCUUGGUAAAAGCUAAGCAGGGUUGGACCUAUACUUGGAUGGGACACCACCAGGGAAUCUCAGAGUUACAUACUAUGCUGGGAAUUUUUUUUUUUUAGGUUUAUUUUAUGGCAUACGUAUCCCAUUCCAAUGCAUACUUCUAUGAAAAUAUCUUUCCUCUGGCUUAAGUAGAAUGUAUUGUCAAAUAUGUGUAUCUAGGACUUCAUUUUUAUUCUAAUAACAGAUUCUAAAAAUUUGGAAUUAGCAUUGAAUUGUACAGGAUCCUAUGUUGCUUUGAUAAUUUUAAAAAAUAUAUUUGAGCAUUUAUCCCACCUUUCCUUCAAGGUUUUUAAGUUAUGGUACAUACUUUUCUUUCAUUCUCAAAUUUAUCUUCACAACAAUCCUGUGAGGUGGGUAAGGCAAAAGGAUGGUAACUAAGUGUCAGGAAUGAGCCAGGAUUUAAAUCUCUCCUAGCAUCAAUCUAAUCCUCAAACACAAAUGAUUAAUAACAAGAGUUAUUUGCAGAGCUGUAAAUCUAGGUAACAUCUCUAAAGCUUAUCUCUCCAAUAAAUAUUCCUAUCCAAGCUAAGUUUUCUUCAUUGCCAGUUCUUGGUUUUGGUAUGCAGGUUGCUCAGGUAUGAAAUAACUAUACAUCAAUCAAUAGUUUAGCUGGACCAGAACUACUUCUGCAGUGUGCCUCACUAAUUAAUUCUGUGUGAAAGCUUUAUAAAGUGCUUUCUUGGGAGCAAUUCUGCACAAUAUCUGCAACAGGAUAAAUAACCCUGGAAAUGACCUGACCCCUAAUUUUGACUCAUGUUCUAGCUUUUUGCCUAGUGACUCAAAUGGAGGUUACAUUAUCAGGACUUUCUGUAGAACGCUAUAUUGUUUAAUAAAUGAGGAAGAUGGUGUA